CUUCUUUCCGUAAUCGGAAGUCUAUUUUUAAAACCCUGAACAUCUUGUCACAUGGCAUUGGAGAAUUCAAUAACAACAAAAAAUGGCGACAAUCAUGUUGCUCCGUGUGCUCUUGCUGCGUCAUUAAAAAAUCAUGUAAAUACGGGACGCUAAACCGGCGAAAAGCAGUGCAGAGGGUUGGACUGAUGAGGAAAAGGAGGAGGAGGAGGAGCCGCCACGUCCAACAGACGCCACCCAAGGGGGGUGGAGCUUGCGACGAGAAUCAUAACAAGUAUGACGUCACUCGCCCUCUGCAACUGGGUCUGAAUGCCACUUCAUUGGAUGAUGGAGUUGAGCAGGCUCCUCUGUGGGAAAAUGAAGAGAUCCAACAGCAGGGCCCAACUCGCCUCUUCUUCUUCUUCCUCUUGGGGUUUGGAAAUCCAUUUCUACUUACCAGACGUACAUCAGCUGGAGUUCUUCAAAGGUUGCUACACUUCAGAGGAUCUGUGUGUGGAGGCUGCAAAGAAAUGCUCUAUUUCUCCAUUGUGCCACAAUCUCUUUGGCCUAUACAAUGAUGUGACAGGCAUGUGGUGCCCACCAAACUAUGAAUUCAAGAUCACAGAUGAGACCAAUAUUAGGUUACACUAUCGCAUGAGGUUCUUUUUCCGAAAUUGGCAUGGUACCAAUGAAGGUGAGUCUCCUGUGUGGCGACACUGCAUCAGCAAACUUAAAGGAGGUUUGAGCCAGCAGAAAACACCAGAAGGAGCACCACUCCUGGAUGCUGCCUCUCUUGACUACCUGUUUUAUCAGGGCCAGCAUGAUUUUCACACAGGUAUGGUGCCCCUUCGAACAUGCACGUCUGAGGAAGAGCAGCGCGAGAUCGAAAAUGAAUGUCUGGGAAUGGCUGUGCUCGCUAUUACCCAUUACGCCAUGCGCAUGGACAUGCCCCUCUCCACUGCUUCUCAAGCACUCAACUACAGAUGUUUCAUUCCAACGGCGCUAGAUGCAAACAUAAAGCAGCGUAACAUUUUGACCCGGAUCCGCAUCAACAAUGUCUUCAAGAAAUUCCUCAGUGAAUUUAACCACCGAACAGUCAGGAUCAGCGACAUCACUCUGUAUGACCUGAAGACGAAGUAUCUGGAGACAUUGGAGAGCCUGACCAAUGGCCUGGGCGUUGAAUUCAUGGAACCCAUCUCGCUGAGUGUAACACAAGAAGCAGAGGCCAUUAAUGGAGGAAAUUUUGUGUACUACAACCAGAUCCAAGGACAGAGCCCAAACCAGAUCAUGGAUACUUGGCAUGAUGUACAAGUAUGUGUGUCUGGUACAACAGGCAUUUCAUGGAGGAAGAAGCCUCCUGCAAUGCCGGUGAUUUAUAAAGAGAAAGGCAGGUCAAAGAAGAACAAGCAAAAAGGAAAUCUGAGAACUAAAACUGAUGAACACUGGGAGAGAUUCUGUGACUUCCAGGAGAUCAUGCAUGCUGCCAUCAAAGAGGCCACGGUCACAAUUCAUAGACAGGAUCACAAGAAAAUGGAGUUGCAAAUGGAAUCGUGGUCUGAGGCUCUGUCUUUUGCAGCCCUUGUGGAUGGGUACUUUAGGCUAACAGUGGAUGCUCACCACUACCUGUGCAAGGAGGUGGCUCCCCCUUCAGUGGUGCACAACAUCAACAAUGGCUGCCAUGGCCCCAUUUGUACGGAGUAUGCCAUCCAAAAACUGCGUCAGGAGGGUAAUGAGGAGGGCAUGUACAUUCUUCGCUGGAGCUGCACUGACUACCAGUACAUUAUCAUCACAGUGGUCUGCAAUGAGAUUGACCUCCAGGAAUCCCGCCCUGUGAAACAGUAUAAAAACUUCCAAAUUGAAGUAACUCCGAAUGAGUUCCGCCUUUAUGGCACAGAAACUACAAGGCCCACUCUCAGAGAGCUAUUGGAGCACUUGGAGGGCCAGAGCCUUCGCUCUGACAAUCUUCAGUUCCAACUGUUGCGCUGCUGCCCUCCUCAACCUCGAGAGAUUUCCAACUUGCUGGUGGUCACUAAUGAUCGAGCACCGGUACCCCAGACACCAAUGCAGGAGUCCCAAGUCAUUAUUCAUCGUAUUCAUAAGGAAGAAAUUGAACAGGAGGAGCAUCUUGGUCUCGGCACAAGAACUAACAUAUACUCCGGCACGCUGAAGGUAAAGAAUGAUGACGAUGCAGGUUACGGAUCCUUCCAAGAGUAUAAGGUGGUGCUCAAAGUGCUGGGUUCAGGACACAGAGAUAUUUCCCUGGCCUUCUUUGAAACAGCAAGUAUGAUGCGGCAAGUCUCCCAUAAGCACAUUGUUUUGCUCUAUGGAGUGUGUGUCCGCCAUCUGGAGAAUAUCAUUGUGGAAGAGUUUGUGGAACUCGGACCACUGGAUUUGUUCAUGAGGAGACAACAAAAUCCACUUAGCACAGCUUGGAAGUUCCAGGUGGCCAAGCAGCUGGCCUCAGCUCUCAGCUAUUUGGAGGACAAAAAGUUGGUCCAUGGCUUCGUGUGUGCGAAAAACAUCUUGCUAGCUCGAUGUGGACUGGAUGCUGAUCAAGGAGGGCCCUUUAUCAAGCUCAGUGACCCAGGAAUCCCAAUCACUGUGCUCACAAGAGAGGAGUGUGUUCAUCGCAUACCCUGGAUUGCGCCUGAGUGUGUGAAGAAUGCGUCUUCCCUGAGUGUUGCAGCUGACAAGUGGGGCUUUGGGACCACCCUAUGGGAGAUUUGUUAUGAUGGAGAGGAGCCACUGAAAGAAAAGAAGCUCACAGAGAAAGAGAGGUUUUAUGAAACUGAGUGCCAGCUUGCGACCCCCGACUACAGAGAGUUGGCUGAACUGAUGAUCCACUGCAUGAACUAUGACCCAAAGAAGAGACCUUUCUUCAGGGCAAUUGUUAGAGACAUUGACAAACUGGAAGAAAAAAAUCCAUCAAUCAAACCACAGCCUGCUCCUGAAGUGGACCCAACUGUGUUUGAAAAGAGAUUUCUGAGGAACAUCAGAGAUCUGGGACAGGGCCACUUUGGGAGGGUGGAGCUGUGUCGCUAUGAUCCCCGAGGAGAUGGAACUGGCGAAUUAGUGGCCGUGAAGUCGCUUAAGCCCGAGAAUGGUCAAGAGAAAGGCAACAAUCUCUCAAGUGAAAUUAAUAUACUGAAGGCCCUCUACCAUGAAAACAUUGUCAAGUACAAGGGCAUUUGCCUGGAGGAGGGUGGUCGGGCCACCAAGCUGAUCAUGGAAUUCCUUCCUUUGGGAAGCUUGAAAGAUUACUUGCCCGACAACAAAAGCAAGAUCAGUCUCAGCACCCUGCUCAGCUAUGCCACUCAAAUCUGCCGGGGAAUGGACUACCUGGGAUCACAAAAUUACAUCCACCGUGACCUGGCUGCCCGAAACGUGCUGGUGGAGAAUGAGCGGACGGUGAAGAUCGGCGACUUUGGCUUGACCAAAAGCAUAAAGGACAACGAAGUCUAUUACACGGUCAAGGAUGACAACGACAGCCCGAUUUACUGGUAUGCUCCGGAAUGCCUGACUCACUGCAAGUUCUACCUUGCCUCAGAUGUUUGGUCUUUUGGGGUGACCAUGUAUGAGCUCAUCACCUACUGUGAUCCCACCAAGGCCCCCAUGCAGCUGUUCUCCAAGAUGAUCGGUUCCUCCCAUGGUCAGAUGAUCAUUGUUCAUUUGCUCCACGUGCUGGAGGAGGGCAAAAGAUUACCACAACCCGAAGGCUGCCUUGAACCCGUGUAUGAGUUGAUGCGCAAGUGCUGGGAGCACGCCCCCGAGAGGAGGAUCACCUUCAAGCAGCUCAUAGACGAGCUAAGCAACAUCCGGCAGCAGCUCGGCUCUCCUGAAUAAAACGUCAGCCCAUAUUAGCUAGCACCUUGAUCAUACUCUGGACGCACUGCUCGCUACUAAUUAAUAUGAUCGCACUUCUGUUACGUGUGCCCUCCUCUCGUAUGCGCCAAUGUGUGAGAAUCUGCGGCAGAUCAACGAUCCCAUCGUGUGACUCCCUUCAAGCCAUUUUGCAUGGUUGGAUGGAUGUUUUUAUUUUGUCUUAAUUCCAAAUGCCACACUUUUAUCAGAAGGAGCAUCCUGCGCCAUGGACUCGUGCGCAACACAAUGGUUGGUGGAGCAAUUUUAUCAAGUUGGGCCAGCCCACAUUGCAGAUGACCCCCCAAACUCCAACACACACACACACACACACCCCCCCCCCCAAAAAAAAAUAUAUAUAUAUAUAUAUAAUAUUAUAUAUAUCUCGCCACUGAUUUAUCCUUUAAGGAUUAUGCACCUGAGUUGAUGACGUAGUCUUCAAAUAGUUGAAAAGUCAUUGAUAUGGUUUGCUAAUGAGUGGCAGGUAUACAUCGGUCGCACUUCUUCAUCCGACUGCGCUAGCCUGAGAUUUGACAGUUAUUUUUUCAAAAAAACAACAAAAACCCAAAAAGUGUAUUCGUUUUGUAGUACUGAUAGUCGCACCUUACCUAUUUAGUUAAUUUACAGGGCAUUCUCAGUUGAAAUGUAUUUUAAACAAUUAUUUCACAUUUAUAUCUGUAAUUGUAUUUCCCUUCUACUUUACCAUUUCACUCUGUAUGUGAGAGGCUCUCAGCAAGGCUUUUAUUGUAUCUAUGUAACAGAAUGAAAAAAAAGGACACACUUGAGUUCACAUUUUAAUUAGGAAUGUAAAAGACAAUUCCUCAUGAAAGCAAAAACAAAA